AUGCAGAAAAGCUUAUGGACAGAUAUAACAGUGCUACUCGAAGAAUUUGUGAAAUAUAUGGAUGGUGACCACCUAGACAGCUAUGCAUCUAAUUGUAAAAACGCGGGUUACACGCGUGAAGGUGGGGGACAACACUUCUUCAAACAUAACGAGGGAGACGAACUUAUUUGCACACUCAUGACAGGAGCAUUAUAUUUUAUGAAUGAGAACAGGUGGCGCCUGUGGGGUGGGAAUAUGGUGGUUAGUAAUGAUGAUGAACUGAAGGAAUAUGUGCGGUGUGCCAUAGUAAAUAUAUUUAUGCACAUAUUGCUGGCAUCUCCAUGCAGAAGUGAAAUGGGUGUAUAUUAUGCAUGGGACACUGUGACACAGAUGGAGGGGCUUAUGGGUGGAUUAAUUACAGAGGGCAAGUGCAAGCGGGGAGUGUUUCUAAACAUAAAAACACAGGAAUUCGACAUGGAGAAACAGAUUACGACCUGGUUAAACAACAACCCGAGCUUGACUGAAAAAAUUGAAGGGCCAGCAAUAAAAAGCACAUGUAACAAAAAAUUACCAGAACUUGGGGCGGCCCCAGAGGGUACACAUGCCAUGGAUGACAAAAUACAACUGCAGACAACGCAGACGCACGUUAUACAGCAAUUAACGCCAGAGACCACGGUAUUGGUUCGGGAGGUGCCGCCGCAGCUCAUGCAACCGGCGCCGGAAAAUGGAGUAUCCACGCAACCUACAGGAGACGCAACCAGUACAGAUAUCGACGAUGACGUCCAUGAGUCCACAGAACCGAACACUAUUGCAAGCGGUACACAAGGACCAAACGGAGCGGACGAGAAAAGCAAGGAGAAAAAGGAGAACACGGACGAAGGCACGUCACACGGGAAAACGGCAGAUGCAGUAGAUGUGAAGACAUCGGAGAAGGACAAGACGAGUGGUAAAGGAUCCACGGGACUUUCGGGAACACAGGGAGGAAGAUCAGGGCCAACAAAGGCAGGUGAAACUAGGAGCCCCAAAGCAGGACGUUCCGAUGACGCAGGCAAGGCCGUCACACAACCCGCAGCAGGAUCGCCACCACAAGCACCGGCAUCCCCAGUAUUACCAGCCAGACCACCACCACCUCCUCCACCAAGGACAUCACAGGGUGAGGGCACAGGAUCAACCGGAGAAAACGGAGCAAAAGGUGAUGCAGCACCGGCACCACCAGCGGAGACCACGUCAUCAACAGUAGAUGACGCAUCGGAUAAGGGCAAAUCAUCGACACGCACAACAGCAGAAACAACACCAGGAGGACCCCAACCACCGACAGCGCCCCCGGCGGCACCACCACAGGAAGCAGGGACACCAGCAGCACCAGGGGCAGCCGGGAAAUCCAAAGAACCAAAGGCUAAGGAUUCGGAUGCAACUUCCGCAGGUAAGGCCCCAUGUCCACGUAGUAACGGCAAGUCUACAGGUGUCUCCAUUAAUUGUGGACGUACCACGGAUGAAGAACUGGGCGAGACAGAGAAAGUCAAACAACUCCUGCAAGGAGAGCAACAGGAGAAGGUGACCAAUAGUCCUAACCCAAAUUCAGGCACAGGUAAUACUGAAUCCACGGAUACAGAGAGUAAGAAUGGGACAGAAGCCGGAUCAGCACAACCACCAGCAGGACCCGCACCGGCAGCAACACCCCCCUCUCCAGAACAGGGAACAUCAGGACCAUCAUCAACACCUGCUCCAGACCAACCUGCGGACCCCGGAGCAGGACCAUCAUCAGCGACACCAGCAGCGGCCGGUAACACGAGUGACACGAAGCAUAGCGGCGGUACGGAUGCCGUCGCGGACGGUGGCAAUGAUGACCCGCCUCCUCUCAAUCCACCCAAACCAAAACCGAACCCGAACCCAGAUCAAUCGGGUAGUAGUGGCAGUUUCAGUGAUGCUGAUUUGGCGGAUGGAGUGUCUGGUGGGCAAGGAAAGGGAGGUGAGGGUGGUGAAAAGGCUGCUGGCGGCACCGGUAGCGGCAGUGCAGCAGGAGGAGGUAGUACUGGUGGUGGAGGAGGCCGUGGAGCAGGUGGUAGCGGCACCGACGUUGUCACCCCUUCCGUUCGGCCUGGUGUUACAUGGGAAGAUGUCAAGCCGUACACCCCCGCGAUCAUUCCCGCGGCGGUUGGUAUUGGCAUCAUUGCGUUCUUCCUAUGGAAGUACUUUGCCUACCUGGCCAAACGACGACGACAGUUUCGAACCGUUCGUGACGUGCCGUCACCGCCACUCGACGAAGACAUACUACACCAUCUACAACGCGGCGACCUGCCGCCACCCGAUUACGGGUACACGAUAAUUAGGGAUAGGCAGCCCGGCAGAUUGCCCGCCGCCCGCCGCCGACGCCCGCCACGAGUGAAUCGCCGCACGCUCAUCGAGCUACAUCUAGAAGUGCUCAACGAACGUGAAGCGGCCGCAUGGGAAAACGUCAAAGACGACUAUUGGACGAUUGUAGUGGAGGAGUUUGCACAGGAGUGUGCGCAGGAUUUGAUGCGGGACGAGGAAACGAAUAACAACAUCUUGGGUGUUUCUACCUCAGACUAUGGUUAUCCAGGGACCAAUGUUCCAUCCACUGACUCGGAUGCAACGGAUCCAUGUCCACCGAAUGACCUCGAUCCAUGGAGUUGUAUGGAAACUAUACAGUUACAUGCACCACACAGUCGUGCCCCUACUGUUCCGGGGGACGCGACGUCGUACUGCACCCACUGGAUUAACUGGAUUGACCGCAAAAAGCAUAUUCUGCGGCAGUGCACGACGCAGCCGUGGUUUUUGCAAUUAACAGCGGAUUGGAAACAAUAUCUGCGUGAGCACAUGGCGGCAAACGCAGCAUCCGGUGAGCACAGGACAGCCGCAACGAUGGACAGGCACAAAUUGGACUUGUGGAAACAAUGGGUUUCCCAACAACAUAACCACAUUGAAACUUAUAGUGAAGAAGAGUGGUUCCAGCAUUUGUUGCAUCAUGUGCAGCAGCACAACACAGAAGAGACGGGAUCCCAGAGGGAACAAACGUUUCACUUAAACAACAUCCCUACAGCACAGGCAGGAGCAACCGACGCAGAAGCACACCACCGGGCCCCUGAAAAUAUACCGUUUACGACGGUAAAACACCCACAACCGCAGCACGACGACCAUCCGGAAUUGCGACAUACGCAGCACUUCACCGCUCACAAACUGUGCAUGCUCAUCCUCGCGUCCGUAAUCGAAGAAUGCGCGGUCCACAGCCGUUUGCAGGCGACGGAGUUAUAUGUGGAUGACCUAUUGGAGCAACUGUGA